AUGGCUGGAUUCCAGAAAGCUUUCCAAGCAAUUGACACAGACAAUGAUGGAUUUAUCACAAUUGAGGAGCUAAAGGAGUAUAUGGGACGUAUGCACUACAAGGAGAGUUUCGUCGCUAAGUGGAUUAGCCUUUUUGAUCCCGAAGGAAGCGGCCAAAUCACCUACAAACAGUACUGUGAGACACUCGGACUAAGGUACUCUGACACUCCGCCAUCAUCACCAGUUGUGCAAAGCCCAAGCACCGGAAAAUCGACAGGAGAAGUCACCUCCGCGACAGCGCAGGCGAAGCCAUCGGUAGAGGAGCAGGAAAUCAGUCCAUCGAAGGACAUCAAACAGCAGGCAAAC